GCGGGCGAGGUUCGGCUAAGCGCGAAAUUGUAUCAACGCCCUUGUCGACUUCGUAUAUCGUACAACUCCCUUGCAACCCCCCUUGUAAUCUGUAAUUUGGAGUUCAACCUAGGAAAGAUCUGACCACAAUCUUGCUCUCAGCAGUAUCAGCUUGCCGGCCGUAACCUACCGCUGGACUCAGUUUACGACGGUCUUCACGGCGAGGCGGCGAUGCAGGAAAGCUGCUACAUAUGACGAAUAGGUCAUAAUCAUCUCCCAACAUAAUUCUAUUCACCGAUACAUCUGGGACUCAUAUCGUCAUGACGAGGAAGCCAGCGUUAUAUUCUAUCGUCAUUUCUCGUCGGGAGAGCGACGACGCCGCGGCCGAUCGGGAUUAUAGAGCGGGAGAUCUGUGUAUCGAAUGGGUGGAUUACCAUUCCGAAAAGGACAUCGGUAAUCAGGACCCUGGACUAGAGUCUCUAAGUACAGGCCCGCCCGGAUCAGCGACAUUGUCGCCUAAGCCCUCGAAGCAAACAUCCAGUCUUACUGUAGAUGUUGGCACGGAUGUCUCGAAUCAACCGGGAGCCCGUCCCCUGUGUCGUUCCCCAGCCUCUGAGCACGGUCCAGGCAUUCCUUACCCGGUACAAAGGCAGACACAGGGAACCACCGAGCUCGGGCCGGGAAUCAUCCAUCUCUUCAAGCAUUCUCAGCCCUUGAGCCUGUUGGAAGCGCUUGAGGCGGAUUUGGCAUCAGGCGGGAGUAAGACGGACGACACCAAAGAGAGGAAGGCGAGUUCUGAGAGCAAGGUAGCAGGCAAGGUGGAAGUACAAGCAGACGCAGAAGGUCAGGAUGGAACUCUGAUAGCCAUUCUUGCGGUACCGAUAUGGAUGGAUGUUGCGAACCUCGGUUACUGGUUAGGAGCCUGGACGACUUGCUUGGAAGGUUACAGAAUGAUUCGCGAUGCUUCUCCAAACAAGACCCUGGUCCUGCUCAAAUUCCGUGAGACUCAGGAAGCCAACGACUUUGUGUCGAUUUACACGGGAAAGACCUUUACCACCGACCGAGAUCGGACGGAACAAUGCCACCCUAUGCGGAUUCAUCAUCUGAUCUUGCAUACGGUGAUGGAUGCUCAAAAGGAGGAAGCAACUCCCUUGCCCUCGCUUCUGACCGGAAUCCCUCCGAAGAGCAUUCACGAGCUGCCGACCUGUCCUGUCUGCCUGGAACGCAUGGACUCGGUCGUUACGGGAUUGGUCACUACCCCUUGCUCGCACGUCUUUCACUGCAAGUGCCUAUCGAAAUGGGGAGAAUCCGAUUGUCCAGCAUGUCACCUAUCUCAUCGCACGCGGGAGUCCGAGGCGCAUGUUCCCUAUUCCAAAUGCAUGCUGUGUACCGAGGAGAAGAACGAUCCCAAGGCGAAUUGGGUCUGCGUGGUUUGCGGUUAUAUCGGAUGCAGUCGAUACCAGCAGGGACAUGCGAGGGAUCAUUUCCUGCGAUCGGGGCACGUGUAUUCGAUGGAGAUUGAUACUCAGCGCGUAUGGCAUUAUCUCGAGGACACCUAUGUCCAUCGGCUUAUUCAGAACCGCUCGGACGGGAAACUGGUUGAAUUACCUUCUGCGACAUCAUUGACCACCUCGACCCGGGUGCCAAGCGGCAUCAAUUUUGAUCGCUUCAAUGCGACCGCCCUGGCCAAAGGUUUUGGUCCGACAGCGUCUGACGAGAAGAAGAUGGCUCAGCUGGAGGAUAUCACUCUCGAAUACUCCUAUCUCGUAUCGGAACAGCUCGAACAGCAAAAGCAGCUGCACGAUGCCGAGAUGCGAAACCUGUCGAGACAGCUUAAAGAUGCUCAGCAGAAGGCUGUCGAAGGGGAACAGUGGCGGAAAAAGUACAUUCUAGCGGAGGAUGCGCAGAAGUCGCUGGAGAGCAAGAUGUUACCCGGACUGGAGCAGGCCAAGGCUCAGGCGGAAUCCAAAUUUGAAAAGAUAUCUGGCUUGGCGAGAAAACUACAGGACGAUUUACGUACAGAGAGGGCCAUGGGCUCAGGUCUGAUGGACAAACUCAAAGCUACGGAAGCCAAGCUCGAAGCUUCUCGAAAAGAAACAGAAGCGGCUAAGGAGCAGAUCGUCGAGUUAGAGGACAUGGUCAAGGACGUGACGUUUGCCUUGGAGAUGCAGGAAAAGACACGGGGCACUGAGGCGGAGGGUGGGGAUAUCAUCAUAAAAGAAGGACCAGGGGCGAGCAGCAAGGCGAAGAAGAAGAAGAAAAAGUAGACUUGAUGACACAAAACGCAAAAGGGACGUCAUGAUCAAAGUUGUACAUCGGUCCGAUCUAUACCCAGCUCCACAGGCUACAUCGACGACAUUACUA